AUAAUGUGCAACUAUAAAUACGCUUCCUUUAGUCAUUGUUUUUCCAAUUGUUCUCCAUUUUCAAUAAACUGCGUGACAUACCCAUAAAUUAAAGGUAUGCAUAAAUUGUUCGCAGCGAGGUCUUUGACAUCUGCUUUGUGCAGAACCAAAAAGCAGCAGCCACAGCUUGCUGCGUUUUCAACUUCGUUACUCUUCGAUGAUACACAAAAACAGUUUAAAGAAAGCGUGGCACAAUUUGCUCAAGAGAAUAUUGCCCCUCAUGCUGAAAAGAUAGAUAAAACAAAUUAUUUCCCUCAGGAUGUUAAUUUGUGGAAACUAAUGGGGGAUUUUAAUCUCCAUGGUAUUACAGUGCCAGAGGAAUAUGGAGGACUUGGCCUUGGUUAUCUGUAUCACUGCAUAGCCAUGGAAGAGAUUAGUCGAGCAUCAGGGUCAGUUGGCCUUUCUUAUGGUGCCCACACGAACCUAUGCAUUAAUCAGUUGGUUAGAAAUGGAUCGCAUGAGCAGAAGCAAAAGUACCUACCAAAGCUAAUCAGCGGUGAUCAUGUGGGUGCUCUAGCUAUGAGUGAACCUAAUGCUGGUUCAGAUGUUGUUAGCAUGAAGUGCAAAGCUGAUCGUGUUGAGGGUGGUUAUGUUCUGAAUGGAAAUAAAAUGUGGUGCACAAAUGGUCCGACUGCUCAGACACUGGUUGUUUAUGCAAAAACGGAUGUAACAACUGGUUCAAAAGGAAUCACAGCCUUCAUUAUCGAGAAGGGAAUGAAAGGAUUCUCUACGGCCCAGAAAUUAGACAAACUUGGGAUGCGAGGGAGUGAUACAUGUGAGCUUGUGUUUGAGAACUGUUUCGUCCCUGAAGAAAAUAUUUUGGGGCAGGUAGGAAAAGGUGUUUAUGUCCUGAUGUCGGGACUCGAUCUAGAGAGACUUGUUUUGUCAUCUGGUCCCGUUGGACUUAUGCAAGCCUGUCUUGAUGUCGUUCUACCCUAUGUUAAACAACGAGAACAAUUUGGUCGACCGAUUGGAGAAUUUCAAUUUAUACAGGGAAAAGUAGCUGACAUGUACACGUCUUUGCAAUCUUCAAGAGCUUAUGUCUAUUCUGUUGCAAGGGAAUGUGACAGCGGGAAUAUUAACACAAAGGAUUGUGCUGGUGUUAUACUCACUGCUGCUGAAAGAGCAACCCAAGUAGCUCUUCAGGCGAUUCAAUGCCUUGGAGGCAACGGCUACGUGAAUGAGUACCCAACAGGACGUCUUCUCCGAGAUGCCAAACUGUAUGAGAUUGGGGCAGGCACAAGUGAGAUCAGAAGAAUGAUAAUAGGUCGUGAACUCUUUAAAGAACAAUAAACAUUGAAAUUGAUGGCUUCUUGAGCUCCUUGGGAAAAUAUCACAACUCACAAAUUGACGACCUCCCACCUCUCCUUUCUUUACAUUUCUGGAACAAAAGAAAAAAAAUAAGUGAAGUUGUUCCCUUUAGCUUUAUGUACGUGAAAAAGGAAGUAAUUCGUGUAUUAGGAAAGAAAGCCAUUAUCUCAAGUGUUCUGGAAGACUAAUAAUCUUUAUUGCCAUUCUAUUUUUGGGAGUUCCUAAUAAAUGAAAUGGAAGAGUUGUGAUUGA